UCUUCAUCGGCGUAGACAAUGGGUCAGCCCAAGGUAGUUGUUCCUAUGAAUCUACCUCAAAUCAAUCUAUAAUUUGACACAUCUCCAUACUCCACCCAGCCAUUGCCCUCUUGUAACAAACCCGCAAUGAAAUUUCAAAUAGAUAAGCCAUUCCACCACCAACUUCUUUCUAAUUUCCAACUUUUGUUCACUUCCAUCAUCAUCCUUGUGUUGCUUUCUUUUACCCAUUUCAGUGCUUGUGAUUCUUCUUCUUCUGCGACCCCAAGAGAAAAGGAAAGGGAGGCUCUUUUAAAGUGGAAAGCCAGUCUUCACAAUCAAACCCAAUCUCUAAUUCUCUCCUCUUGGGCUCCAAACACCAGCAGCAGCCCUUGCAAUUGGGUUGGGAUUUAUUGCAAAAAGGGUAAUGGAAGUGUCACCCACAUACGCCUUUCCAGUGUUGGUUUAAGAGGUACACUUCACUAUCUCAACUUCUCAUGCUUCCCUCAUCUCCAUAGCAUUGAUCUUUAUAACAAUUCACUCUACGGGGCUAUCCCCAAGCAUAUCACUAGCCUUUCCAAGCUCACCGAUCUUGACUUGUCUUCUAAUUAUCUCUCUGGACCAAUUCCAUCUGAGAUAGGGAAACUGAGGUCUCUCAAUGGGAUAUCACUCGCAAUGAAUAGUCUCACAGGUCCAAUCCCAGCUACAAUGUGGAACUUGACCAACUUGACCCGUCUAUACCUUUAUAGUAACAAACUUUCUGGAUCCAUCUCUCCAGAAAUUGGGACGCUAAAAUCUCUUAUAGAUUUGCAAUUGGCAGGAAACAAUAUAGCAGGUUCAAUUCCUGCAACUAUAGGAAAUUUGCUCCACUUAACCAGUUUAAUCCUUUCUCAAAAUAAACUCUGUGGACCCAUCCCUCAAGAAAUUGGAAGGCUGAGCUCUCUUGUCAGUCUCCAGUUGUCCUCGAACAACUUCUCAGGUCCAAUACCAAGUUGGUUGGGAAAUUUAUGCAACUUAACCGAAUUGUACCUAGACCGAAAUCAACUCUAUGGAUCCAUUCCAUCCACUAUUGGGAAUCUGACCAAGCUCUUCGAUUUGAAUUUGUACACUAAUCUAUUGUCUGGUUCUAUCCCACGAGAAUUAGGAAGGCUGAAACUCCUCGAGUAUCUAUACUUGUAUGCAAAUAGAUUCACUGGCUCUAUACCUACAGAGUUCAAUAAUCUUACCCAUUUGAAAGAGUUGGAAUUAUCUGAGAACGAGCUUACUGGUCAUUUACCGCAUAACAUAUGCAUUAGUGGAACACUUCAAAAUUUCAGUGCAAAUAGCAACAAUCUCACAGGUCCAAUCCCUGAGAGCUUGAAAAAUUGCACUAGUUUAUAUAGAGUUAGGCUUGAAAGAAACCAACUUUCUGGAAAUAUAUCAGAAAAUUUCGACAUAUAUCCAAAAUUGGAUUAUAUCGAUUUGAGUGAUAAUAAAAUGUACGGUGAGUUUUCUGGUAAAUGGGGCCAGUGCCACAAUCUAACAAGCUUAAGAGUGGCCAACAACAAUAUUUCUGGUGAGAUACCACCUGAAUUAGGAAAUGCAACUCAGCUACGUGUACUUGUCAUCUCUUCAAACCGUCUCAUUGGGGAAAUUCCAAAGAGUUUAGGAAGGUUAACCUCAUUGAUAAACCUUAAUUUAAGCAACAACCGGCUUUCAGGCAACAUUCCUUUGGAAAUUGUUGAGCUAUCAGACUUGGCACAUCUUAACUUGGCAGCAAACAAUCUAAGUGGCUCAAUUCCUGAACGAUUAGGGGAGUGUGUGAAUCUAUUAUCCUUGAAUUUGAGCAGAAAUGUUCUUACUGAAGGUAUUCCUUCUAGCAUAGGCAAUUUACACUCUCUUGAAAAUCUUGAUGUCAGCCAUAAUUUACUAAAAUGGGAAAUACCACACCCUAUUGGACAAUUGGAGAAGUUAGAGGCAUUGAAUCUCUCUCACAAUAAGCUCUCUGGAUCCAUUCCAUUCACUUUUGAAGGCAUGUUAAGUUUGACUUCUGUUGAUGUAUCAUACAAUCAGUUGCAGGGUCCUGUUCCGAAAAAUAAAGCCUUUCAAGAGGCUCCGUUUAGUGCAUUCACAAAUAAUAAAGGUUUGUGCGGAAAUGCCACUGGUUUGAAGGCUUGCGCCACCACAAUGAGCAAUGAAGCUCAUAAGGGAGAGAAUGGAAACAAACUUAUGAUUUUGAUUAUAGUUCCUGUCUUGAGCAUUUUGCUUCUUUCAUUUGUGGUUGUUGGGAUUUUCAAUCUUUACCCAAAAGUGCACAGCGUAGUAAAUGAGCCCAAAAGAGUAACCAAUGGGAAUUUGUUUGCAAUAUGGAGCUAUGAUGGGAAAAUGGUGUAUGAGAACGUCAUUGAAGCGACAGAGGACUUUAGCUCUGAUUAUUGCAUUGGGGUAGGAGGAUCAGCAAGUGUUUAUAAAGCUCAGUUGCCGAGUGGUCAAGUUUUUGCUGUGAAGAAACUUCAUGCCCCAGAAGAUGGCGUACAUGCUAAUGAUCAGAAUGGUUUUACAAGUGAAAUCCGAACAUUAACAGAAAUACGUCAUCGAAAUAUUGUGAAGCUUUAUGGUUUUUGUUCACACCCACGACACUCAUUUUUGGUUUACGAGUUUUUUGAAGCGGGAAGUUUGCAGAAGAUCCUGAGCAGGACUGAAGAACAAGCCUUGGAGGAGUGUGGAUGGAUUAAGAGAGUGAAUGUGGUUAAAGAUGUGGCAGAUGCUUUGUGUUAUAUGCAUCAUGAUUGUUCACCUCCUAUAGUUCAUCGGGACAUAUCAAGCAAGAAUGUUUUGUUAGAUUCUGAAUAUGUGGCUCACAUCUCUGACUUUGGCACCGCUAGGCUUCUAAAUCUCAACUCUUCCAAUUGGACUUCAUUUGCAGGCACCUUUGGGUACGCUGCUCCAGAAUGGUUAACGCUAGAAGAAGACGGGACAAUCAGAGAAACAGGCAACGAAGGGAGGCGGCUCGUAGGCAGCGUCAGGAGGAUGAGGGUCAGUUCUAUGAGGAGCAUGAGGAAGUUCAGCAGACUCGGGAUCAAGGAGGAGAUCCAAAGUUUCCUCCUCACAUCAUUGACCUUAUUACUCGGGCUAUAAAAGCAGGGGUAACCGCU